AUGGCGGACAAGUUAUUUCUCCACGCGCUCUUGAUCUCCUUCCUCUUCGCCGCUCCGCGGGCCUACUCCGAACGCCGGCCGGUGUUCCGCGCCACCAUGACGCGCACCGAAAAGACCAUCAACUUCACACGCGCUGCGCGUAAAUCACACGAUCGCCUGUCGAUUCUCGCUGCUCGGCUAGCGGCGAACGCUGGCGGCGUGAGCGCACAGACUCCGCUGCAGAAGAUGGACGGAGCCGGCGAGUACGGCAUGACGUUCUCCAUCGGCACGCCGCCGCAGGAGCUGUCAGCCGUCGCCGACACCGGCAGCGACCUCGUUUGGGUCAAGUGCGGCGCGUGCGCUCACUGCGCCCCGCAGGGCUCCCCUUCCUACUACCCCAACACCUCCUCGUCUUUCUCCAAGCUGCCGUGCUCCAGCGGCCUCUGCGGCAAUCUCAAGGCCAAUUCGCUGGCGACGUGCGGCGCCGGUGGCGCGGAGUGCGACUACAAGUACUUAUACGGCCUUGCCGCCAGCUCCGACCAUUACACCAAGGGCUACCUCGGCAGCGAGACCUUCACGCUAGGCGGCGACGCCGUACGGGGCAUCGGCUUCGGCUGCACGACCAUGUCGGAGGGCGGCUACGGCACGGGCUCCGGCCUCGUCGGGCUCGGCCGGGGGCCGCUCUCCUUUGUCAGGCAGCUCAAGGUCGGCGCCUUCUCGUACUGCCUCUCCGGUGACCCCUCCAAGACGAGCCCUCUCUUGUUCGGCUCCGGCGCCUUGACCGGCGCCGGCGUCCAGUCCACGCCGCUUAUCUCGGGCGCCAGCCCCAGCUACACCGUCAACCUUAAGAGCAUAUCGAUCGGCGCCAAGACGACGCUCGGCACCGGGGAUAACGGUAUCAUCUUCGACUCCGGCACGACGCUGACGUUCCUGGCGGAGCCGGCGUACACGCGGGCGAAGGCGGUGCUCCUGUCGCAGACGAAUCUCCCGCUGGCAGCGAGCAGCGACGGGUCCGACGACGUCUGCUUCCAGACGACCGGCGGCUCGGUUGAGGUCCCGUCCAUGGUCCUGCACUUCGACGGCGCCGACAUGGACCUGCCGGCGGACAACUUCUUCUUGCCGGUGGGCGGCGGCGUGAUCUGCUGGAUCGUGCAGAAGUCGCCGAGCAUUUCCAUUGUUGGUAACAUCAUGCAGAUGAACUACCACAUCCGGUACGACGUCGACAACUCGGUGCUGUCCUUCCAGCCGGCCAACUGCGACCGUCUCUGA